AACCGAUCAUAUAUUGCAGACAAACUGAAGGCUGAGAUCGCAAUUCACGUACAUUUGGAUACAUUGAAGAGAGUGGAGAUCUUCCAGAAUACUGAGGCCGGCUUUCUAUGCGAACUCGUUCUCAGGUUAAGACCCGUUCUGUUCAGUCCCGGAGAUUAUAUCUGCAGAAAAGGAGAAGUGGGGAAAGAGAUGUAUAUUGUGAACAGAGGGAGAUUACAAGUGGUUACGGAUAAUGGAAAGACAGUCUUAGCAACACUUCGAGCGGGCAGUUAUUUUGGGGAAAUAAGUAUUCUUAAUAUGGGAACGGCUGGCAAUCGUCGCACAGCUUCUGUAAAGAUCUUUCGAACCCUGCUGAGAGAACCCAGAUACAUUGGCUCAUUGCUGAGAUAA